UGUGCAAAGCGCUGAGAAUACAAAUACAAAAGUGGAAACAGUCCCUGCUCAGAUUCCAAUUUCCUGCUUUGGAGACUGGCGCCCUGGAUUGGGGCUCCGACUUCCAGAAUGUCUGCCAAGUUUCCCUAGGGCCCAAGGUUCCCACCUCCUUCUCCUGCAAGGUGUCCUGUGGGAAUUUGUGCAUGUGAUGUUCAGUAAUGAAUGAUACAUGCAGUGAUGAGCAGGGGUGCGUGUAUGCGCCGCUGCUUUAUGGGUGGCACGCAGGCUCUAUCUAAGUCCUUGUGCACACGGACAGAGACUGUCGUCCGCUUGAGUGUCUGAUUAGGCGAAGUGUGCCAGGGGGUCAGGGUCAGAAAUCCGUUCGCACAGCGCCACCUACUGCUGGUUUGGGGCAUUGCAGCGCAAUCCCUGACAGUUACCCAACCCCAGUAGGACCCAAAAAGCAACAUUCUCCGUUUUAUUAUCCCUCCUACUCUCCUCGAAUUUCCGUCACCGCCUCGAAUGUGCUAUAUCUCCUCGAGUCCUUCUUCUUCAAUCUCCCUCGGAAAUCCAACUCAAUUCAACCAGAAAACCCAGCUUUUGAUUGACUGAUACCCCGCAAGCUGACACGUAGAUUCCGCGGCCCGGGUGGCGGUGAUCAGUUUCUCGCGCAAGACUAUGCUCAGGUUUCGCGUCAGGAGCCUCUCUACUCCACCAGGGGGCGCUGACCUCCUUCUUCAGUCCUAGGGGAGGGGCGGUGGGGAGAGCGGUAAUGCUACUGCCCGAUUGGGAAUCAGCAGCAAGGUGAUUUGCAUCAAGCUGAAAGAUCCACGCCUAGUGGACGAAACGCGGAAGGCGAGAGUGAAACGGCCUUGCUUAUUGGCUGAGGAUUCUGUCCGUUCUUCCUUACCCCCUGAGCCGCUCCAACUACGCCGGGAGGUUGGGAGGUCAGUCGGGAACCUCGGGCACUAGGGAGAGGGGGGCACCCCGCUGUCUGGGCCGGGCAAACCGAGGAGGGGCAGCCGGGGAAGUCUUCCAGAGAUAGUCUUCACCACCCACCCAAGCUCCUCUUCAUUUCCAUGGGCUAGGACUAGCUCAGGAUGGGGACAGAAGGGGACAGUUCUGAGCCAGACUGCCAGAAGCAAUUCCACGCUGCGGUUACUGUCAUUCAGAGUUUACCCAAGAAUGGUUCCUAUCGUCCAUCUUAUGAGGAGAUGUUGCGCUUCUACAGCUACUAUAAGCAGGCCACCCAGGGGCCCUGUCGGGUGCCCAGGCCUGGCUUCUGGGACCCUAUUGGACGAUAUAAAUGGGAUGCCUGGCACAGUCUGGGCAGGAUGAGCCAGGAGGAGGCCAUGGCAGCUUAUAUUGCGGAGAUGAAGGUCGUGGCCCAGAAGGUGAUAGACACGGUUCCCUUGGGUGAGGUGGACGACGGCAUGUUUGACUACUUUGUGCCGUUGUACGAGAUGAUCCCUGACAUGCCUCAGCCCCCAGAGACCUUCCUGAAGAAACUCACAGCUCAGAAGAAGAUGCCAAAUGGGGAUGUGAGAACUACCCUCAAGCCCCUGCCCCCUCCUGAGGAGCCAGGCUUUCAGACUUCAGAAACACAGUCACCUAGGGUGCCUGCUAUCCACGAGAGAACUUCCAUGGAGCUGGAUUCUGAGGUUUUCUGUGAUUCCUUGGAACAGCUCGACCCUGAGCAGGGUGAGUGGCUGCAGGAGGAGGUGAAGGAGGCACUCAAAGGAGAGACUGACAUCAGCAGUGGCCACUUGCUUCCAAGAGAGAGAGAGAUGGCGGGAAGGGCACCCCAAGGUCCCCAGGAGUUUGAAGCCUGGCUGGCCAGUACAGUUCGAGCCCUGCAGGAGAGCAUACAGGAUGUCCAGGGGAGGCUGAGGUCUCUGGAGAAUCUGUCCCGCCCCUCACAGAAUCCUCCAUCCCAGCAGGGGCCUUGGGCCUUGGAGCUCUCUACCCCCACACUCCUUCUCCUCCUCCUGUGGCCUUUCGUGGUCCAGUGGCUCUACCGACAGUUUCGGAGGCAGAAGAGGUGACCAGCCCUUAGGGAACACUGCUGCUGCCUGAGGAGAUGGUUGGGGGAGGAAGGCACCUCCUCUUUCCCAGCCCUGUCCGCUUCCCAAUUUGCACCUGAGCCUUUCUGGGGAAGCAGGGAGGGCUUGGACCUCACCAGCUAGCCCCCUUUUCCUCACCUGUCCAAUGAGAGGGCUGGACUAGAUCCUUAAGGGUCCUUUCUGACCCUUAAUAUUCUUCAGGCUAUGAGCUAUGCCACUGAGUAGUUGUGUUAGGUAAGUCAUUUUCCCCCCUUGGAGCCUCAGCUUUUCACCUGUAAAAAUACCAGGUGGAACUAACUGGCUCCUAGGUGCUUUCUAUAGCCGAUGUUCUGCAGUGCCAUGACCAAUCAGUAUUUGCUCUAAGGGUGGGUGCCCUUCUUGGUGGCCCCUCCUCGGAGCUGCAGCCCUUCCCCUGCUGGAGGGGGCAAAUGACUCGUUUUGCCCGUCUGUGGGUGGCUCGGGGAAGCCCCCAGGGCUCCUUGGUGAUUCAGGAUGCACCGGUGAUGGAUGCCAGGACACCAGCAGCACCAGAUCGCUCCCGCCGCAUUUCUCCUUCCCACCUUCCCACGGAGCUCCCUCCCCCACCCUGGUCAGGCCACUUGACUGUCAUUCCCCACCCCCAUCCCAGUCCCUCCCCGAGGUACCUUAGCUCAGGCAAGUUGAGGCAGCGGCCUGGGCGGCUGUUGUAGCUGUUUGCAAGAAGAGUUGAGGUGGUGCGAGAAGGGUGUUUGGGAAGGCUUUUCCGGGCUCGAAAGGCAGUGGAGAGGCCAGAGAUAAGAGAGAGAUCUAUCUAUAUGUAUGGGAAGGGGAGGGGAGUGGUGGGGAAGGCACCGAUCUCGCUUUUAGUCACAUUUCCCCUCUCCCCUUUGGAUUCAUACUCAGGUUCUCAUCCGCUCAGAAGAUCCUUAAGUAUUAAAGUAAACGAAACUUUCA